UACCAUUUUCUGCAAGUCUUCUUCUUCUGCAUUUGAUCCUAAACCUCUACUUCUUCUAUUUUAUUAGUCUUUGCACAACCUGCCUCUCUGCUUCCUUUCAAUCCACCCUCCUGUCUCCAUCUUUCUCUCAGUCUCAGCUCCUCUCCCUCCACGAUGAGUCUGAGUCGUUCGAAGCGGAUCAGCUCUAGCAGUUCAGUCCGCAGCAGCAGUGGAGUUGGCUCCAGGAGGCUCAGUGGCUAUGGUUCUGGUCCUGGAGGUUUCAGUGGUCUCUCUUUGAGCAGCAGCUCUUUGUACGCAGGCACUAACGGGCUCCACCACGGCCUCGGGGCCCCACUGGCCUCUCUGUCCGUCAACAGGAGCCUGCUGGCCCCUCUGAACCUGGAGAUAGACCCCAGCCUCUCCAUGAGCCGCGCCCACGAGAAGGAGCAGAUCAAGAGCCUCAACAACCGCUUCGCCACCUUCAUAGACAAGGUGCGUUUCCUGGAGCAGCAGAACAAGAUGCUGGAGACGAAGCUGGACCUCCUGCAGGGUCAGGGGGCAGUCCGCUCCAACGUGGAGCCCCUGUUCGAGGUCUAUAUGGCGGGUCUGAGGCGCCAGAUGGACCUGGUCAACAACGACAAGACCAAACUGGACGGAGAGCUGAGGAACAUGCAGGGCCUGGUGGAGGACUACAAGCACAAAUAUGAGGACGAGAUUAACAAGAGGAACAACCUGGAGAACGACUUUGUUAUCCUAAAGAAGGAUGUAGACUCAGCCUACCUGGUGAAGGCCGAUCUGGAGGAUAAAGUCGGAUCCCUGACUGAUGAAAUCAACUUCCUGCGCAACGUGUAUGAGGAGGAGCUGCGUGAGCUGCAGGCCAGCAUCAAAGACACCUCAGUGGUGGUGCAGAUGGACAACAGCCGCAGCCUGAACAUGGAGCAGAUCGUAUCGGAGGUCAAAGCUCAGUAUGAGGAGAUCGCUGCCCGCAGCCGAGAGGAGGCCGAGGCCUGGUACAAGAGCAAAUUCGAUCAGAUGUCGGUGCAGGCGAAUCAGUAUGGAGACGAGCUGCGUGUCUCGAAGGGAGAAGUGGGCGAGAUCAACCGUCUGAUCAGCCGCCUGCAGAGCGAGAUCGAGGCCGUCAAAGCCCAGCGCGGGGCUCUGGAGAACCAGCUGGCGGAGGCUGAGGAGCGUGGAGAGCUGGCUGUGAAGGAGGCCAAAGCUCGGACCAGAGACCUGGAGGACGCUCUGCAGAGAGCCAAACAGGACAUGGCCCGGCAGCUGCGGGAGUACCAGGACCUGAUGAACCUGAAACUGGCUCUGGAUAUUGAGAUUGCCACCUACAGGAAGCUGCUGGAGGGCGAGGAGGACAGACUCGGACAUCAGUCCAUCCUCAACAUCCAGACUGUGACCAACUACAGUACUAAAAGUACUAAUGGCUACCAAAGUAACAGCUCCUCUCCUGCUCCAAAACUGCUGAUCAAGACAACGGAGACCAGGAACAACUCCAGAUACAGCACUCACUAAGAACACAUACACAUACGCAC